AUGAACUCCAUAGACGCACAGCCAGUGCCCCUCGGAGGCACUCGUGUUCCAGAUUCCAUGGGUGGUUCUAGCUGCCCUCCAUGGCAGGAGCUAGCCGAGCAGCAGCCUCAGCAGCCUGGCGGCUUCGGGCAAGCCUGCGAUAUGGUGCUGUCUCUUCGCGAGCAGGUUGGCGUCAUGAAGAAGCAGGUGUCGAAUCUCGCUGUGCCAAUGAAGGUGUACAUCUACAGCUCAGUUCCAGGGAGCCGCGCGGAGAUUGAAAGUGCUUUGGACGUGGUGGAUGCGACUGCCACCGCUAUUGGCAGUGCAGCAAAAGUCGCAGCAGAAGCGGCGGCAGCGGACUUCUGUUUGCCUGAAGACGUGAAGGCUGAAGCUUUUAAGGUUCUUGGUGCGGUUCGCAGCGAUACAGCGCAGCAAGCGGCGGACUGCAGAGCCCUGUGCCUGGUGACAGCAGACACUUCAGACAGCGAUGCAGCCAAGCGCCAACAGCCAGCACACCAACCAGCAAAGGAGCGUCCUGAGUUUGCGAAGGAGCACUACGGAGAUUUCAAUUUGCAGCUAGGGCCCAUCACACGGAAGCUCUUUGCUGCCCAAACAAAGCUCCUGGCUCUCAUCAAGGCCAUAAAGAAGCAGCGAGCUGCCAACAGUUGCAGUGGUGCAGGGCCUUGUAAUGUUCGAAUCGAUCAAAAAAAGGCGCCGGAGAAGGCCGCGGCUAGCAACCAGGGGCAUCUUUCAUCCUCUAGGAUUACACGCACUGACAUGUGUAGUGCACACGAAAGGCAGAAAGCAUCGGGAAAGCCCUUUCGGGCUUUUUCCUUGUUUGGAAAUCUCUUCAAUGAAAUAUUAAAAACCGCCAUUAUGAAAAGCUUGAAGAUUGGCGGCAGACUACAAACGGAAGGGGCAAACGGCGAAGGGCAACUGCCCUCGAGUGUUUUAAUCGCCAAAGCAAGACGGACUAUUGAGCUGUGGUGUCCUGUUGGCUCUCGAAAUUCUGAUGGUUUUUCUCUGUGA